AUGUCGAAUGUGAAAUUGAAUCUGAUAGCUGCUGCCUGUGAAAAUAUGGGAAUUGGUGUAAAUGGAACGUUACCAUGGCGUUUAAAAAAAGAAAUGGCAUACUUCACAACAAUGACAACUAAAGUUAAGGAUCCAUCAAAAAUGAAUGCCAUUAUAAUGGGAAGAAAAUCCUGGGACUCAAUACCACCCAAAUUCCAACCAUUGAGCAAUAGACUGAAUAUUGUGCUGACUCAUCAGGUUGAUACUAUUAAAGAAAAGGUACCCGAAGAUGUAGUGGUAGUGUCAGGACUGGACGAAGCCAUCAAACAUAUAGAAGGAAGACAAGACAUAGAAUCCACAUGGGUUAUCGGAGGCUCUGCCAUAUACCAGGCAGCAAUGUCACACCCUAACUGUGGCAAAAUAUACUUAACAGAGAUCCAGAAGUCAUACGAUUGCGACACAUUCUUCCCGAACAUAGAUAAACAGCAGUUCCACUUGGUAGACGAAGAAGACAUCCCUGAAGAAAGACAAAUGGAGGGAGAUAUUAGUUAUUAUUUUAGAGUAUAUAAGAAAUUGUAA